AGGAACUGGGGAACUCUAGCAGACCUAGCAGUAUGGCCGAGGUGGUAGCCCCCACCAUAUACGCGCCAUCGCCAGUUCUCAGCGUUGCUCUCUCCACCAACGGAGUGGAAGACUGGUGUGUACCCCCAGCUAUUAAGGAUCCGCAUUCUCCUAUGUCCCUGUCUGACUUCAGCAGCGACAUAAUCCGGCUUGAACCUCCACCGGAGCCCACAGCGACCCCAGAGGUCCAAGACCCACAGUCUGAAACAGACUUACUUCUAGAAAGGAAAAUAAUUCACGAAAAAAAUUACAAAGAACUUGGAGAAAUUAGGAGAAAAUCUUCAGAAAAAUUAGAAAUGAAUUCUAAAAAACCAAAAGAAGAAUUAAAUGUUUCUGAUACUGAGGUUCCAGGUAUUGGGGUCCAAGCGAAAAAGAACCAAAUUAAAAACAAAGCUAAGAAAGAUGAAGACAGUGAAAAAGGGGAACAGAAACAUGAAAGGGAUAAAGAAGCCAAGAAAGCGGGGCGCAAAGAUGAGAGAGGCAAAGAAGACAAGAAAGCGCGACAGAAAGAUGAGAGAGGCAAAGAAGACAAGAAAGUGGAGCAGAAAGAUGAGAGAGACAAGAUAGACAAGAAAGCGGGAGAGAAAAUUGAGAAGGAAAAAGAAGACAUCAGUAAACUAGACGAUAAAACAAAGAGGAUUAAAGGAAAGGGAGUAGGCAAGAAAACUGUGCAGAAAGAGACGAGGGGAAGGAAACCGAAAGCCGCUCCUGUCAAAGAGAAGAAAAUAUUACCGAAGCGAGCGACCAAGGCCGCCCCUCCACAAGGAGAGAUGGCCACCAACACAAGACUUCUAAGGAACUCCCGCGAACCGCCGCCAGCAAACCCGGACGUCUACGAGUUCGACGAACUCGAAGCCACUCGGCCUCCCUCUGGCCUCCGCCGCCGCAACCAGGCCACCCCCGAGCCCCCCGCGCAGAGCCCCGAAAGCAUACAAUACAUGGACAUAUGCCCUACAAGCUCACAACUAGUCAAAAUUAAUACUAAAAAAGAAGAAGUUGGGAACGUACUUAGUGUUAGUUUAGUGCCUAAGGACGAUAUAUAUAAGAAGCAGAAGAAUUUAAUAGAUAAUCUGACUAAUAGUCCAGCGCUGCUGAAUAAGUUUUUUAACUGCUUGCCGACGGAACUACAGAAUGAGCUUGGGAGCUUGGCCACGGAGGGAAAUGGGCGGGAAGAAGCUUAUUUGGAAGAAAAGGCGAGGACGGUCUUAGAGGCACCCACGUAUUAUCCUACGGCUGAAGAGUUUGAGGACCCGAUAAAGUACUAUGACAAAAUCGCCCCCGAGGCCUCAAAAUACGGCCUCUGCAAAAUAGUUCCCCCUGAAAACUUCAAACCUACAUGCACCAUGAGCGACACGAUCCGCUUCGCCGUCAUAUACCAGUACAUCUCCAAGAUGUACAGCCGCUGGGGGCCCGUGUCCAGGGAGCUGGCUGCUAUCAAGGCGCACCUGCGCACCCAGAGCGUCGUGUUCGCGCGGUCUCCCCUCUUGGACGGAAGCGAAGUGAACCUCCCCAAGCUAUACCACGCCGUCGAGCGUAACGGCGGCCUCAGCAACGUGAUACAACGCAAGCGCUGGGGUCGCGUCGCCGACGAGAUGAAGCUGACCAAGCUGCAGCAUCCCGAGCGCAAGCUGGACCCCAUAUACAUGCGAUACCUGCUGCCCUACGCCACGCUGUCCGACCAGGAACGCCAAAGUAUAAUGGCGGAGGUGGAAAAAUGCUGGACUACCAAGUACCAGAAGAUGCUGGAACGGGCCCGCAAUCCCUUCCAGCGUCAGUACCGCAUGCUGGGCACCGAGUGCGAGUCCGAAUCUGACGACGAAGGGGAAGAUGGCAACACAGCCGGCGCGCUACAUGAGGCUGAGGACUGUAUAGUGCAAGGGCGGACCAUGAACCUUGUCACAUUCAAGAAGGUAAGCCAGAAUCUGAUGACGCAGGGGCAGAUGGCAACACAGCCGGCGCGCUACACGAGGCCGAGGACUUCGGAAUCUGACGACGCAGGGGCAGAUGGCAACACAGCCGGCGCGCUACACGAGGCCGAGGACUGUAUAGUGCAAGGGCGGACCAUGAACCUCGUCACAUUCAAGAAGAUCGCGACGUCCCUCAUGGACGCACACUUCGAGCCGUCGAAGCAGCCGCCGGGCGCCGUCGACGUCGAGAAGGCGUACUGGCGCGCCGUGCUGUUGGGCACCGAGCAUAUCGUGGCCAACACGGCGUCCAUAGACACAGGAGAGGAGGGUUAUGGGUUCCCGAAGGACCCGCAGGCCGAGUACGGCGCGCAUCCCUGGAAUCUCAAGGUGCUAGCGAGGAACCCUAACAACGUGCUCCGCUACCUCGGCCCAGUGCUGGGCGUCACCGUGCCCACCCUCCACCUCAGCAUGCUGUUCAGCACCUCGUGCUGGCACCGUGACCCCCACGGCCUGCCCUGGACCGAGUACAUGCACAGCGGCGCCGAGAAGAUAUGGUACGGCAUCCCUCGCGACGAAAGCGCUAAUUUUAGACGAGCAGUCGAAACCCUGUGCCCCGCCUACUGCCAAAACAAAUCCAUCUGGCUCGCCUCCGAGAUCACCAUGGUCCCACCCAACAUCCUCAGCGAGCACGGUGUGAAGCUGUCAAGGCUGCUGCAGCGGCCCGGGGAAUAUGUCCUGGUGUUCCCGGAGGCCCAUUCAUGCUCAAUUACAACUGGAUUUGGGAUAUCAGAGAGUGUCUACUUUGCUUCAAACGCUUGGCUGACGGAUGUGUACAAACUAUUUCAGGAGCUGCGUAAUAGCUGCGAACCGACCAUGUUUUCACUGGAGCAGCUCCUCCUCAACGGCAGCGCCGAUUCCUCGGCCCCCUACCAGGUGUGCUCCGUGCUGACCACACUGCUCAACGCCGAGCUGGAGCACCGGCGCGCCCUCGAGCAGAAGGGGCUCAAGGUAACACGGUCAUGUUCCCCCUACAGUCCCUCACGGCUCCUCGGCCCCCUACCAGUCCCUCACGGCUCCUCGGCCCCCUACCAGGUGUGCUCCGUGCUGACCACGCUGCUCAACGCCGAGCUGGAGCACCGGCGCGCCGUCGAGCAGAAGGGGCUCAAGGUGUGCUCCGUGCUGACCACACUGCUCAACGCCGAGCUGGAGCACCGGCGCGCCCUCGAGCAGAAGGGGCUCAAGGUGUGCUCCGUGCCGACCACACUGCUCAACGCCGAGCUGGAGCACCGGCGCGCCGUCGAGCAGAAGGGGCUCAAGGUGUGCUCCGUGCUGACCACGCUGCUCAACGCCGAGCUGGAGCACCGGCGCGCCGUCGAGCAGAAGGGGCUCAAGGUGUGCUCCGUGCUGACCACGCUGCUCAACGCCGAGCUGGAGCACCGGCGCGCCGUCGAGCAGAAGGGGCUCAAGGUGUGCUCCGUGCUGACCACGCUGCUCAACGCCGAGCUGGAGCACCGGCGCGCACUCGAGCAGAAGGGGCUCAAGGUGCAAGAGCGCCCCCAGUCGUCAGCGCCCCUCAACACGUCCUACUUCCGCGCGUGGAACACCAGCGACCAGGACGAGUGCGAGUACUGCCGCUCCACCCUGUUCCUCUCCAAGGAAAACGAUACUGGCUAA